AUGGAGCAAGACCACAGCCCCCGGAAGAUCCAGUUCACCGUCCCGCUGCUAGAGCCGCACCUUGACCCAGAGGCGGCGGAGCAGAUCCGGAGGCGCCGCCCCACCCCUGCCACCCUCGUGCUGACCAGUGACCAGUCAUCCCCAGAGGUGGAUGAAGAUCGGGUCCCCAACCCACAUCUCAAGUCCACUUUGUCCAUGUCUCCACGGCAACAGAAGAAGGUGACGAGGACCACACCCACAAUGAAAGAGAUCCAGAUGAUGGUCGAACAUCAGCUGGGGCAACAGCAGCAGGGAGAGGAGCCUGAAGGAGCCGCUGAGAGCACAGGGACACAGGAGCCCUGCCCACCUGGGAUCAGAGACACAGCAGCGGAGUCGUGGCUGGGCACCUCUGGGAAAGCACACAAGCCUGCAGAAUCCAUCCCUAAUGCUCAGGAGAGGGGCAGUGAGAAACCCAGCACAGAGGAACCCUCAACCCAUAGACCACCAUUGGAUUCCAAGGGAGCCAGUUCGAGCCCCCCUCCCUCUUGCCCAGCUGCCUCCAGGAAGGAGGAAAUAAGGAAGCUGGACAGGAGCCUUGAGAAGGGAGGAAUCUUACCCCGGCCUUGCCCUGACUUGCUGGGGGAAGAGAGCUGA